AUACAAUUGAAAAGUGCCAACUCAGAAUGCGUACUAUUAUUACCAUAUUGCUUACAAUUGCUUUAAGCAUUCAAGUCACUGUUGUUUUGGCAGGAAAAAAAAAGGACCAUUUAAGUGAUACUGAUGAUAGUGACGCAACUGUCUGUGACGAUAAAAUUAAGACAUGUAAAGCUGACAUUGUCAAUAUUGUUAAUAAACUCAAGUCUGCAAAUGAAGAGCUCCUAUAUUUCAAGGGUACCGAUGGUUUUUUAGCUGCUUUUAGUCUUCAUACCGCUGAAAGGGAGAUCGAGGAUCUGAUCCAUAGGGCUAGAUAUGAUUGCUGUGCUAUUCCUAGAGAGCUCACGGAAGCAGAAACUAAAGAUAUCCUUGACGAAAAAGAACCCCUUGUUGCAGAGAUUCGUCUUAUUUUGACUACUAUUUUAUCCAAGAAACCUCAACUUGAGCACGUUCUAUUGGCUUGCAGUCUUUUGAGAAACGAUCUUAGAAAUAUUCAGGCCUUGGUAAGGCCGCUGACUACCUGCUUAGCAGAAAGAGCUGAUAAAGACCACAAGGAUGAUGUCAAUCGAGCUGCUGCUGAAUUGGAUGGUUUAUUCUCCAGCGCUAUCCGUGCUAUUUAA